AUGGAUAAUUGUUUUACCCGAGACUACAGUGGAUUAGGUUCUGGCGCAGGACAGUAUCUUGUCAAGCCAAAAUUUAUACAGACUCGAAAUCAAAUUAUAUCUCGUCUUUCUUCUUUAGAGAAAGAGACGGAUAAAGCAAAAUUUAGGAAUAAAUGCUUAGAUUUGGUUAAUUUUCUAAUUAAGAAAAAGGAUGACCCUCCAGCUUUCACUGAACGAAAACGUUGGGUACCGGUCCUUAGGAAUUAUUUUAAACAUAGAUUUGACAAGAUUACUCAACAUGGAGGUUGUCCUAUGAUUUUUGAACAGAAAGAACGAGAUAUUUUAGAAUUAAAAUAUAAUGCAUUAGAUUUCUGUGAAUUAAAUAAUACCUAUGUGAAAAAACUAAGUAAAUUCAAAAAAGGAGGUAAUAAAUAUGAUUGUAAUAGUAACGCUGAGUGUAAAAAACAUUGUACGGAAUAUAAGGAUUGGUUUACAGGUAAGAAGGAACAUUUCCAGAAUACGAAAAAUCUCAUUAGUGAAAGUUGCAUAUUUAAAAGCUCAUCAUCACAAUUUCCAAAAAGAGAAUGCAAUAUACUAAAUCCUAAAAUAUUUAAUAAGCCUCCUCAAUGCAUAAUAUCUGAACCAGUUGUAUCUAGUCACCUUCCACCUAAAGAAAAUACAUUAAGCUCACCAAAUGUAGAUCAAAUUAAAACGGAAGUUUUUCCUGCACCUGAAGAGAAACAUCCAUCUGGCAAGACAUCUGAUAGUUCACCUGAUAGUUCAACUGUUAAUAUACCUGAUAGUUCCCUUGUUCAUUCUCCAGAGGGUCCAUCUUCAGAUCAAUCUCAACUUCAGACAACAUCUGAAGACACUUCGAUGGAAAAUUUAGUUAAUUUAGGUGUAGAUGCACAGCAUGAAGAUUCUGAAUUACCGAGAGUUCUUGCACAUUCGGCAUCUUCAGAGAAAACAUUAAGCAGUUUUAUAGUACAAUCACCAGGUAGCCCAGAAUUAGAAACAGGUAGUCAUAUUAAAACUAUACCAACAGCUACUGACGUAUCAAUUCCUAAAACCCCUUCUUCUAAUCCUGCAGACUCUGAAAUCCAAGGGAAGUUUAAAAAAAAGAAAAAUAUAAGAAGACAAAUUAAAUUUCUCAGAAUACUACUACCUUCACAUUCUGGCAAGAAAGACAAGUUUUUAUCAUAUGAUCAUUUAGAUCAGCCAAUAUAUGAUGAUGAGGAAAUCAUAAAAAAAUUAAAAAUAUAUGAACAUAACACUAUAAAAAAUACAAAUAUGUUAAAUAGAAAAAAAGAAAGAUCCAAAACUAUUAUAGAAGUACAUAUGGAAGUACUCGAGGAAUUCAGAAAUGAAGAAUGGGAAUUGAACAAAGGAGAAUUUCUAACAAUAUGUCUAGAAAUAUUCAAAAAUGAGGAAGGUAGAUCCUAUCCUAAUUUGAUAAAUGACUAUCAAAUAGAAAAUAUUCAAUGCAGAAGUGAUAAUGAAGAAACAAAUAUUCUGUGGAAUAAAUGGAUAGAAAGGCAUAGAAAUCUUUCUGAAAAAUUGAAAAAAGAACAUUGGUUUAAUAAUUUGAAAAAUAAAUGGAAAAAAGAAAAAUCUAAGGUAAAAAAAAUGGAAGAAUUAAAAAAUAAAUCUUCAAACGAAAAUCAAAAAGUUUCAUUUUUAGAAGGAGAAAAAGAUAUAUGGAGACAGUGGAUAUCAAAAAAGGGUAAAAUUGUAGAACACUAUCUGGAACAGGACUGGUUUAAGGGAUUAACAGAUGAAUUUGAUAAUAUGUUAGAUGAAUAUGAAAAUGAAGAAACUAAAAAUUGUGUGUCACUAAUAAGUAUAGAAGAAAUGGAACAUAACAAAAGUUGUGAAGAAUUAUAUAUAUAUAUUAAAAAAAAAUUAUUAUCAAAAUUGUGUAUACUUGUAUUUAUGACAAUAUUAGAAGAAUGCAAAAAUGAGCAAAAUAUAGAAAAUUACGAAUCAUAUUUAGACAGUUCAAUAAAUGAAUGUAAUUCAGGUGAAUAUUCAGAUAGAAAAUUUCACAAUAUAGAACAUGUUGUUGAUGGGGGAAACCAUAGUUUGGAAAAUAGUAAAAAUACUGAAAUUUUCGAUUAUAAGUUAGAAAACAAUUUUACAGAUGAAAUAAAAAAUUGGAUAGUAGUAGAUGAUACACGUGUAAAUUCUACAUAA